AAAUGAGAAGAAACUUCUAAAAUCUAAUAAAGGAUCCUCCCAUAAAUGCAUAAAAGGAAUCAAAACCUUAAUAACCGGGUGUUGUAUAAGUAGCAGAAUGGAAUAAGGCAUUGUAAUAUUUAGAUGCAGGAGAUCUCAAUAAAGCAUAUGAAGAAAUAUUAAUUUCAGAAGAUGAUUUAUAUUUGUUAAGAUUAAUGACAAUAACAGGACCUUGUGUGAAUAAAUUGAAUUAGAAAGUGGCAUUUUAAUUACAUUAAAAGAUUAAGUUAUUAAUGAAAUCGGAAUUUUGGAAGGUGCUUGCAUUAUAAAUGUUGGGUAAUUUAUCAUCAAAAUAGGAAUGUUUGAGGAUUGAAUAAAAAUAAAAAUUAUAGUAUUUACUGUAUUAAUGGAGUAAAUCAUGGUAACCUUAAAUAAGUAAGGAAACUGUAUUAUUGUAUAAUUCAGGUGUGUUUAAACCUGAUCAUAUAAUUUGA